ACGUGGCAAUAUUCUGUUGGUCCAAAACAGGGAUAGGAUAAUGUAAGAGUCCUUUAGGCACCAUGCACAUACAUCUACAUUUUAAAACUAUAUAGGCAGGAACCUGAGGAGCUAUGUUAUCACCGCACAAAUGGCUACCAUCAGCAUGACCUCUGCCAUGCUUGGCAUUUCGGCCCGUCGUAACCAGCAUCCGUUGAGUUCCCACCGGAGAUUAGUUGUCGUAAAUUCUACUGAAGCUUCUCAAGGGGAAAAGACGAAGGUCAAUUUUGUCGAGAAAGAUUGCAGCAAAGGCAGAAGAGAUUUGAUGUUUGCUGCAGCUGCAGCUGCUGUUUGCGCCAUUACCGGAGUUGCUGCGGCGGAGCCAAAGCCGGGGAGUCCAGAGGCGAGGAAAUUCUAUGCCCCUGUUUGUGUGACCAAUCCAACUGCCAAGAUCUGUCGCAAAUAGACUAAUGGGAGUGCUUCUGCUUUCUAUCUACUGAUUCUAGUUUAUGAAUCAUGGAUGAUGCUGUAAUCUAGUUGCUGAUCCAAUCUUCUUUUGGGGAAAAAAGUAUAUCUCUUUUACUCCCUUGUGUCAA